GUCAUCAGCACAGAAUCUUACUUGGUUUGUCCUGACAGGACGAUUCCACUUGAGCAGCCUUUAGCUCAGGCUGGGGCAGGGCAACAUCAGCAGUCUGCAGCAAACCUUGUAAAGAGCCACAGCUUUGCAUUGGGGUAUGCACCACCCAACUCUCUAUUCAUCUCUUCAUUAACCAUUCUUGCUCUCCGCUGUAACAACACAAAAGAACCCAGACCUGCUACUUUAUGAUAUACUGUUAUCGUGUUAUCUCCAUGGGAUUUUAGCAGUUCUCAAGCAAAAGUUUGUCACCUUUUUCUUCCUGCAAUAGACAAGCUUGGGGACGGGACUACUUCAACCAUGGCCAUUAACACAGACGCCCAGUACGAGAAGGCGCUGGGGGGAUCAGGUAAUGCCUUGCCUGCAGACUCACAUGAGACUGAGAAACUUCUCAUUUCUGCGUCUGAGAUGAAAGAGGAAAACGGUAUGAAGAAGUCGUUCUCGGUGACCAUGUCAAGUGACAAGUCUAUGGGGGACCUCGACCAGAAUGGACACAGCUUGCCCUAUAAGUCUGUGUCUGCAGGGCAGCUGGAAUCGGCCCCACUCUCACCCUCCAGAGCCAGCCUUGCCAGGGCUUCUUCUACAGCUACCACCAACGCCCAGGAGCAGGGCAGGCCUACCGACUAUCUUGUCCUGGCCAUCUUCUCCUGCUUUUGCCCAGUAUGGCCAGUCAACAUAGUGGCCCUUGUCUUCUCCAUUAUGUCAAGAAACAGCUUGCAGCAAGGGGAUAUGGAUGGAGCCAGGAGGUUAGGACGUCUGGCCAGGCUCCUGAGUGUUGUGUCCAUCUUACUGGGACUUGUUAUAAUCGUUCUUUGUAUCCUCAGCUUUACAGUCUUCCAUUAGGAUUUGCAGGUGAGACGGGAACCAGAAAGGGAACUGGAUGUGGCCUGCUUUUCCUUUGCACAAUUUCUCAUGUCCUCACUGCAAGAGAAUCUUACUUUUUGGAUUAUUGCUGGAGGAAGGAGCAGGCCCCAGUGUACCACAAAUCCAAGGGAUUGCAUGCAGCACUUUACACACCCUUGGGAAUUGAGAGGAAUGAAGGAUUACAGCACACAGGAUGAGGAACUUCAAUGAGGGGAAUAAUCAGAUGCCUGGGUGCGGUUCUCCCACACAAAACCUUCAAAAUGGACAUUUUUUUUGGAAAGGCACCCAAGCACUGGCAUUCAGAUGAAGGCACAAGUCCUGUUUUUAUUUACAGCUUUUGUAUCAAAGGAAUGAACGCUAUUGUCUCUAUUAAUUAAUAAAGCUGAAAACUGCCAAAUAUAGGGUUGCUAUGAAAAAAAAAAAGACAUUGGUACACCCCCCAAGUGCUGGGUGGCCUCCCCCUGUUUUGGAUGAUGCUGCUUCCUCGCUGACAAAAUGAAACAGGACUUUUAAUCUCUUUUUUUAGUAUUUUUGAUGGGUAAUUUGAAGAAAAAAAAAAUUCUAAUCAUAUGCAUGAUUAUAUUCCCCUGCUGCAAUGCUGACCUCUACUCCUCUGCUUGCACUCGGCUGGACGUGCAGGCAAGGUGUCCUAAGAUACAUACAGUGAUAGUCUAGCUCUGGCAAUCCUGUAUGCAAGUGAGUGACUGUCAGGCAAAAUGCUUAGAAUGUUGGUUUUUUUGAAGCCUAUGAGUGACAGGAGGAUUUAUUCACUAAACUGGGAAAUGUGGAGAACUGCAUAUUGUAUGCCAAAAUAGCCAAAUUGGGGAACAAUUCUCAAACACUCUUUGGCCCUAAAUUUUCAGUUUCCUUGGCAAUGUUUCACAAUUCUUAAUUUAGUAAAUAAACUCUUUGAGAUUUGUGGAUGCGCUACACCUUACUCAGACAUUAAGAGUACAGAGCCACCUUUAUUUUUUCCGAAACAAAUCCAAUUAAAUCUUUAAUAGGGCUUUAUUAUAUAAUGGUAUAGGGGGUGUAGGACUCCUGACUUCAUGAUAUGGGAAAUUUCUGAUUUUCUGUUUAGUCUGAUAUCCACCGUAAAGCAGUUUUCAAAGUUAGCAAAAACAAUAACAUUUAUCGAUGUAAGUUUUACAUUCAAAGCAUACAAAGCCAAAGUGUGUAUUUCAUUUGUGCAAUUACUUGUGAGAGCAUAAUGUGAACUGCACGCUUGUUGAUCAAAUAUCCCCAAAGGAGUCAUGGCCUCCACCUAAGAUGCACAAAUUCACCUCAUGAAGCAUGUCCCAUGAUGCAUAACAGUCCCAUGACCGUUAUUAGGUGGGUAAGCAUCAUGGGAAAUAUAAUUUAGAAACAUCCAGAGUGCCGUCACUCUGGAUAGAAUAUCAAGCAAAAAAAUCUAGACUCAAAAUGCAGGAUUUUUGCAAUAAAUAAAUAAAAAAUACUCUGGAACCUUGCCUCCAUCCAGAUGUCUCUCCCUUCCAGGAGGAAGUGGAGAAACUCCUGAUUAGAAAAAUAUGGCCUCACUGUUUGGGAACCUUAUCUAUGCAGCUGUCUAGGAAUCCCAUUGUUUCUAUAUGAAACAAUAAAACAAGCCUCUCAAAUUUAUCUACUUGCCAUUUCUCAAUAAAUGGGAAAUAAUUGAAUUAGAAGCUGCACCAAAGCUGCAAACGGAUACAUUGUAUUGGUCCAAUGGCAAAUUAUUCCAUUAGCGUAGCAGAUUGUCAUUUAGCAAGAGAUGCAAUAUAGUGUUCAAAACGCAGAUUGGUGCUCUGUUAAUUAAAUGUAUUUAUAAACAUGUCAUUAAUUGAUGAUGCAAUGCCAAAGAUUACCAGAAACAAUAUUAUAUACUCUGAUAUUGUAUGGUGGCUUUUAUUAUUGUUCACAGAUUGAACAGAUUUCUGCAAUUUACAGAAGUAUGAUAUUUAUACUGCAUUUUAUAUUUUAAUGGAAUUUUGUUUUUUUUAAUAUCAUCUGGAAUAGCUCUGUGUUCUGCACAUGUGCCAUAGGAGUAAGUUAAGGUAAUUUGACAAUUUCAGAAAAUUUCACAUGGAAAAUCAGUCUGCACACAAUCCAUAAUAUUAAUCGUAAUAGUUCAAAUACCCCAUAAUCCAUUGAUUUGGAAUAACAUCCCUAUUACCUGCACACACACAUGAACAAAACCCUUGUCGAUAAUUUACGCAGUAAGGCAAAACAAUAUUGUCUUUAAUUACAAUUUUCUUACUUUCAACAAUGAUAACAUAUUAAAUCUCAGAUUGAAUGGAUUUUAAAUAGAGUAUUAAAUGAACUGUCACCGUGAUUAUAGAAUGUGUGACAAAGCACAGCACCCCGAGGAUAAGUGUUUUUUUAAACUUUCCUUCAAUUUACCCAGGGUUAUUCUCUAACGUUCCUAAAUCAAAUUUAAAAUUUAGACCAAAACUGAAAUGAAAAU